CUAAAGCUAACAGAGUUGGGGUCGUCAUCGUCAAUAAUGGCGGUUUCCGGCGGCACGACUAUCAAAGGAUAUAGACAUGGAGUCGACCGACUGUUAAACUGUGAUACAAGUCUGUAACGUAACACGGAUACACAUACCUUUAAAUAUUCGUAAAGGCAAUCGUUAUAUUUCACGUUUUCGUGAAUAAACGUGUUACACAGAUAUAAAGUUAGACAAUCAAACGUUAAUACGUUUCGUGGGAUGUGGUUCUUCCGCAUUUGUGAAUAGUCAAACAAUUUUCGAUGCGAGACGUGUGUAGUGUUUCUCAAAUGGAGUUGACUGUACAAUCGUGAUUUUCGGCUUCGAAUAAACUGACCGCAGUUUACACAACAUCGCAGAAAGAGGAGUUAUUGUCCGUUCCAUUUAAACGUGCGAUCCUUCCAUAAAAAUUACCAUAUCAUGGCCUCGUCAAAUAGAGGUAUUCAAAUUGGUUCGGCCUGGUAUCAAACUAAAAUUAACCUAAGACCACAGCAUCGUGGCGUACAUCUUGUCACCGAAGAAAUUUUAAGACAAAUUCCAGAACUGUAUCAGUUCUCUGUUGGUCUUUGUCACAUACAGAUUCUUCAUACAUCAGCUAGUUUAGCAUUAAAUGAAAGCUGGGACCCUGAUGUAAGAGAUGAUAUGGAAAUGAUGCUCAAUAAAAUAAUUCCUGAAGGAUUAGAGUAUAGACAUAAUUGUGAAGGUCCAGACGACAUGCCGGCACAUGUAAAAGCAUGCUUUUUGGGAUCUUCAUUAAGUAUUCCAAUUACGGAUGGGAAAUUAGCCCUUGGUACAUGGCAAGGUAUUUGGUUUUGCGAACAUCGUGAUCAAGCAGGAAGUCGCAAAUUAAUUAUAACAUUGACCGGUUGUCUCAGGGAUUCAGCACGUAGCCCUCUAAGUCCUGUCAGCCCUAUUGCUUCUACUAGCAGCUAGGACCAAUCACACCCCCAAAGGUGUGGCAAACGUCAGCUGCACAUAUCUACUUCUAGUGAUUCAAGCUAGCAGCUGCUUAAUUCUAGAGAAAACCUAAGAGUAGAGUCCAAGGAAGAGUGAGUGGAUACUAUGUAAACAUAUAAGGAGUGUAUAUAUGAGUAUUUAUAUUGAAAAAAUAGCUGGGAAUUUGCUUAAUUUUUAGAAUCAUACCUUAGGUAUUCAAUUGAAUCAUUACACAAUUACAGAAACAGAUUAUAUUAUUUUUUAAUUUUCUUUUAUAUCUGCUUUUAAGAAUAAGCUGCUUUAAAUUGAUAAAAAAUGAUUUUAACCCUGUCAGUACUAACGGUUCAGAUAAUUGCACAGAGGUUGAUACCUGGUUAUGUUCGGAUUCUUAACUUUUUCUCGCUUCUAUCACAUUGAUUAUUGUUGGAAAGAGGAUUUUUUGAGACACGCUGUAACAUAAACAACCGACGGCUGAUGUUAAAUAUCGAACAAUCGAAGCGAGUUUUCUGCGUUCGGGUCUGUAUUGGCUCCAGGGUUCGUACGACAAGGGUUAAUAAGCAUGCACGUAUUUGAGUGAUCCAUACAAUAAUUUUUCAUUCGUUAUUUAUGUUUCAUGCGUUAUUAAAUUCAUUUUACGAAAUUACAAAAGGUACAAAAGUCAAAGUUGGAUGUUUAAUCUAGUAAUGAUACAUUGCAGUUACUGUGCAAUAAAGUGUUCCAUACCAAAAAAAUCAUGACAGAUAUAAGUUAUACAUAUUUUAGAGAAAUGCAACGUAAUUACACUAGUAUCCUAUACUCUUUCUCGUUACUCUUAGAUACAAAUAAUCUAAUGCAUUCUAAUGCGUCCAGUACUCCGAAUUUAAUUACAUAUAGCUUUAUUUAAGAGACCCUUUUACAAAAAUAGUAAAAUUUGCCAAGAAAAUUAUACAGACAAGUGCUGGUCUGAAAACUUGCAUUCUUUUUUAUAUCAUGCAAGAUAACCAGCUUUAAUACAUUCUUUGUUAUAACUUUCUAAUUCGCUGCUUUUCAUAGUGCUGCUAUUUCUAAUGACGUUUCCAUUACACUGGGGGUGUACAUAGAAAGGUAUUUCUCAACAAAUUUAAUAUCAAAAUUCUUUGCUGUGCUAAUGCAUUUCUGCUAGAAGUAAUUCCGAAAUCUUAAAAAUAAGAUGCAUUUACUGAUAUGUGUGCAAAUUAAGAACCAUUAAAAGUUCCAAGAUUAUACAGCAAUGAUCUAUAUUUUGCAUUUGUGAGCAAAACUUGGCAAUUUAAAAUCUAAACAUCCUAGUGUAAUAUAAAAUGAUGCAUACAUUCCUACAGAGAUCUAGCACUGCAAAGAGCUAUAAUAAAAAUAGCAUUCUCAUUACGUUUCUUAUUAACCAAAGGUUAUUGUGAACUUGUAAAUGUAUCUAAUAUAAAAUUAAGCAAAUUGAUGUUAGUCAGUAAUAUUAUCCAUGUAUAGCGUAAACGAUCGUCCAUUCAUCGAUUAAUGGAUACGCUUUGUAAAAUAUCUAAUCCAAUAAUCCAUAGCUUAAAUAUCAACGAGUUAUAACAUUUCGUCUAUAACAAAAUUAUACACCAGAUUGGUGCACUUCGUGAUACAAUCUCGAAUACUGGAGAUUACGAAAUUCAUGCGCGCGAUUGUGAUUUUGAUCUUCUAAAUAUAUCCAAAAAAAAAAAAACAAGAAAUUUUUAUGCCUAUAUGCCGAAUAACAACUGAGCUGUCUAACUGAGGAUAAGUGAUAAGCAAAUAUAUGUCUGUCAAGCUGCCAAUACUGACAUACAUCAUUGGAGUAGCAUGAGCUACCGUACUGCAUGUUUACUACACUUGAUGGUGGUAUAUAAAUUACAGACUUUGCUUCUAAUAAAUAUAAUAAGUGAA